AUGGCGCCGCCGCCUCCUUCCAGGACGUCACCUCCAGCCAGGACGUCGCUUCCUCCUCAGGGCAUCAGCUCCGGCAACAACGCCACCGCCUUGGGCGCCCAUCGAUAUAUUGAAGCCACCCUCGAACUAGAAGAUGAACAUGGGUUCUCUCGUCCAUAUAGUUUAUUAGAUUCCUGUUUGUUAGCACCAGACAAGACAGUGGUGCGGAGAAAGCAAAGCGUGCUGUGUCCUCUGCAGGGUCUUCCAUUGCUCGCAAUUGAAAGCAGGCUUCCGGCAGGUGUCUGCAAGCCUGCAUGUGUUUUGCUGCUAAGCCCAGCAGGUGGAUGCGGGCAUGCCACGGGUGAGAUCUGGACUCUUUAUGUUCAUUGCAAGAGGGACUUCCAGUGUAGCUUCAAGCUGGAAAACAUAGCCUUGAAAAUGGGUGAGAUUGAGUUAGAACCUGAUAGACAAACACUUUCAGCUGCUGAGGAGAACAUGAUCUUCCAGUCAUGCUACAAAGAAACCACACAGAUCAAAUCAUCCAGAGUACAUGGGCAUGGAUACUUGGCUAAGUAUCGAACUCGCAGAGAACUUAUGAAAAAGAACCUUGAAGUACAUGCACGUGCUAAAGCUGCAGCCAAGGAGAAGAAAAUUGCUUAUGAAGUAGAGGUUGAGAAGCCGAAAGAUCAGCUUGCGCACGAAGCUGCAGAAAGGGAAAGGGAGAAAGAAGAAAAUAGGAGGCAGAUGCAAGAGGAUCUGGAAAAUGCUAAUAUAGCACUAAAAAAAGAAAUGAAGCAAGAUUUUUUAAUAUGCUAG